AGCAGCUAAAACGUGGUUGCGUCAGAGCAGGUUGUGAUGCAGCGUGUAGCUGUUAGACUAAUCACAUCAAUCUCAUUUCACACACAUUCAAGGCUUGUUUGGUUUUGUUGUUGUUUUCUUUUUUACAUUUGACAUUGCAAGGUUUUUUUUGUUGUUGUUGUUGUUUUUGUUGUUGUUGUUGUUUCUUUUCAUUAUAAGGAUGGCAAGCAGAUACUUUCUCUGCAUCUUUUUAUUCUUUGCACUGAUUCAGUCCACUGUGGCUUCUGAAGAUUUGUGCAAAAAACAUUUAAACACCGACGCGCCCCAUGGUUGCACUUCUGAAAGCCCAGAAAACAUGAACGUGGAUAAGAUGACAGGAAUCUUCAGUAGGAGACGCUCUUUACCCCCACAGAAACAGAACGUAGCGAGGACCAGACCUGAGGAGGGCAAUGCCAGGCCAAGCUCGGUGCGGCGCUGUGCCCGUCUGAAGGAGAAUUGCUCAGCACAAUCUCCGUGCUGCAGUCCCUGCGCUUUUUGCCAUUGUCGACUCUUCAACACGAUCUGCCAGUGUUGGAAGCUUGGCGUUUGCUCCAGAAAGAACUAAAUCCUAUGUAUUAAGUACUUAUUUUGUAGCAUAUUGUAUGCUUGUACACCAUUAGCACUGCAUAAAUGCAUUCCGCAUGCCCUCCAGUCCAGUCUCCAGAUUCUGCGGCUCGCUCCUGAGUCGCAAACUUUGUGGGAAAAACCAAUAACCAAGCCGCCUUUUUAUUUUUCCCCAAAAUGCAAUCAGCAUAUAAAAUAGUUCUGAGCUAUGACAGAGAAAAUAUUCAUGUCAGGAUAAUAACAAAUCUUUUAUCAUAUUUUACAGUAUUCUGCUUCAGCAUGCAACGUCCUCACAAUAACAGUUCGCUCGCUCCUAUUGUCGGUAUCGUACAAUAUAUGAAGGCUUUUGUCCGGUAAUUGGUAGCGCAAAAGCAAAGACUGGAAAGCAUUAGCUAAACAAAUAUUAUCUGGCAUCACGUCACUAGAAUGGUGGCUAUGUAAUCAUGGCAAGGGUUCUAAUGUCUGGUCCUGGGGAUUAUUUGUCCUGCACUGUCUGAAGGUUUCCAGUCAGAAUUAUUCAGCUAAUCAAAACCUUGUUGAUCAAACAAAAAUGCAAGGAUAUUAGAUAUGUGCAUAUCAGCCCUGCAAGCUUAAAAAUAAGCCAAGUAGAGAGGAGCACAGGUCUCAGAAACUAGAAACCAAUACAGCCAACUGGUGAACUGGUUACAUUCAAUCCUCGAGUUGACACAGCCUAACUAGUCAGCUAGGCACUUUUUGGCUUGUCCAUACCAAGUCCCUAAGCACUACUAAAGAUUUUCAUGUCACGUGAAGAUUCUGGUCACAUGAAGCUUCCUCCUCAACUCCAAGAAGUCUGAUCUUGGAUGCUCUUGGACAGAGGUACGAUAGUACCUUAAGACCUGCCCAUGCAUUAUACUGAUUUAAAACAGAUCUCUUUAAAGUCCACCUUCUAAAAACUCCAGUAGGUGGAUGACUCCCGAUUGACCUCGUGGUCGAACUCAUACCACUCACUUUUAAUAAGAUAUGUUGUCUGUUCAGGGAACCUGCUGAACAUUCUAAAAUUUGUUUACUGGUGGUCCAUCCAUCAUGGGGGAAAGGUGUGAUUUUAGAAGAGCCACCAGUUCUGCUUUAUACAUAAUCCAUCAUUAGCUUAAGCACAUAAAUCAUGAGAAAAACACUGGAAAAGAUUUAGGCUAAGAUUUUGCCAUCUUUGAGGAAGCCUUUCUCUCGGUUUAUGCUCCUCAUUAGUUAAUGGUUCUGAGGUAAUAACUCUGAUGUCAACAAUUUAGAGACUAUAUAGCCUAUAGCCAUCUGCAUAUUAAGGGUUGGACGUUCAAGACCACCACCUUGAUGGUAGCAUUGCCAUUUAAUAGGCCAUGAGAUGUUAUUUGACAUUCAGAAACAAAGUCAUUAUUCAAACAAUCUGGGUGAAAAUGGAUUUAGUUUAUUUAUUGUUUGAGGUACAAUGAUUUAACGCAACCAAUAAAAUUAUUUAUUAAAGUACCGGAACCAAUUCUUUUUGAAAUAUUUUACUUUUUACAAAGCGUCGUAUUAAAAAAAAACAAAUCUUCCAGUUCGGCCGUGCCACGAAUCAACUGGCAUCUCUGGAACGUUUUAACGAUAUUCAAUUACGGAGACGUCCCACGUUUUGUUUUUUUAAGACAGAGAAAUUUUUGAUGCACAUUGUAUUUCAAGUUGUAUCCGAGUGAGGUGCAUUUUGACAGUACUGUUAGAAAUCCCAGCUGUGAUCGGCAUUUGCUUUAUGAACGCAGAUAGAAGCUCGGGAUAGUACUUUUUGUUUUGAUUUCUGCUUCUUACUAAUCAAUCAUUUGUCUUGUUCAGUAACUAAUAUACGAUAAUAAAUACAACAAAGGAAGACA